AUGGCGUUCAUUUCCAACAAUUCCAAGCUUCUCCGAUGGCGUCCAUCUCUCCACCCUAUCUUCCCCUCCACCUCUCUCUCUUCCCGUUUCUCCACCUCCACCUCCGUCGCCGAACCUCUCUCCGAACCAGACCACCCUCUCCCUAUCCAUUCCCUUCCCGAACUUCCUCCCCAACCCAAGCCCCAAUCGAAGUCCCAAUCCCAAUCCCCGCAAACCAAUCCCGAACUCAUAAUCUCUCGCAUGCUCGCAAACCGUGUCUGGACAACUCGUCUCCAGAACUCGAUCCGUUCAAUCGCCCCUAAAUUCGAUUCCAAUCUCGUUUGGAACAUUCUUCACGCCACCACUAACCCUGAUCAAGCCCUAAAAUUCUACCGUUGGCUUGAACGUUCGAAUCUCUUCACUCAUGACGCACACACCACUCUCAAAAUGCUUCAAAUCCUUACCCGCUUCUCGAAACUAAACCAUGCCCGUUGUAUUCUCCUUGAUUUGCCGAAGAAGAAUCUCGCUUACGACGAAGACAUGUUUGUUGCUUUGAUUGAAGGCUAUGGUCGCGCUGGGAUUGUUCAGGAAGCUGUUAAGAUCUUUCAGAAAUUGGAUCAGAAAAGUGUUAAAUCUUAUGAUGCCUUGUUUAAAGUGAUUUUGAGGAGGGGAAGGUACAUGAUGACGAAAAGGCUUUACAAUGCUAUGUUGAGGGAAGGUAUUGAACCUACUAGACAUACUUAUAAUAUUCUUCUUUGGGGUAUGUUUUUGUCUUUGAGAUUGAAUACUGCUAUUAGAUUUUAUGAAGAUAUGAAAAGUAAGGGUAUUGAGCCUGAUGUUGUGACUUAUAAUACUUUAAUUCAUGGUUAUUUUCGGUUUAAGAAAGUUGAUGAGGCUGAGAGUUUGUUUGUGGAAAUGAAAGAGAAGAAUAUUUUUCCUAAUGUUAUUAGUUAUACUACUAUGUUGAAGGGGUGUGUUGAUGUGGGGAAGGUUGAUAGGGCGGUAGAGGUUUUCGAGGAGAUGAAAUCUUGCGGUAUUAAGCCGAAUGCUGUUACUUUUACUACUUUGUUGCCGGGUUUGUGUGAUGCUGAUAAAUUGGUUGAGGCGGCUAAUCUCUUGGGGGAGAUGGUGGAGAGGUAUAUUGCUCCUAAGGAUAAUUCUGUAUUCAUGAAACUGAUGGAUUGUCAGUGUAAAGCUGGUAACUUGGAUGCUGCGGUGGAUGUGUUGAAGGCGAUGGUACGGUUGAGUAUUCCUACGGAGGCGGGGCAUUAUGGUGUGUUGAUUGAGAGUUUCUGUAAGGCGAAAGUGUAUGACAGGGCGGAGAAAUUGUUGGACAAGUUAAUUGAGAAGGAUAUUGUUUUGAGGCCGGAGAAUUCCUUUGAAAUGGAAUCUAGUGCUUAUAAUCCGAUGAUUGAGUAUCUGUGUGACAAUGGGAAGACAGUGAAAGCUGAAACGUUUUUCCGGCAGUUGAUGAAAAAGGGUGUACUGGAUUCCGUUGCUUUCAAUAACUUGUUCCGUGGGCACUCAAAGGAAGGAAAUCCUGAAUCUGCACUUGAGAUUGCAACAAUCAUGAGUAGGAGAGGGGUUCCUAGUGAUGCAGAUUCUUAUAAACUGCUUAUUGAUAGUUACUUGAGAAAAGGAGAACCAGCUGAUGCUAAAACAGCUUUCGACCACAUGCUUGAAGGUGGACAUCAGCCAGAUUCGUCUCUUUACAGGUCAGUUAUUGAGAGCUUGUUUGAAGACGGAAGGGUGCAAACUGCAAGCAGAGUAAUGAAAACUAUGGUGGAGAAGGGGGUGAAGGAGAAUAUGGACUUGGUUCCAAAGAUAUUGGAGGCCCUUCUCAUGAGAGGCCAUGUUGAAGAAGCUUUGGGCAGAAUUGAUUUGCUUAUGCUUAAUGGGUGUGAGCCUGAUUUUGACCACCUUAUAUCUACUCUAUGUGAGAAAGAAAAGAGGAUUGCUGCUCUCAGAUUGUUAGAUUUUGUUCUUGAGAGAGACAUUAUCAUAGACUUUUCAAUCUAUGAUAAGGUUUUAGAUACUCUCUUAGCAGCAGGAAAGACUCUCAAUGCAUAUUCCGUCUUAUGUAAAAUUCUGGAGAAAAGAGGCGCGACUGAUUGGAGUAGCCGUGAUGAGUUGAUCAAGAGCCUUAAUCAGGAAGGGAACACAAAGCAAGCAGAUGUCUUGUCGAGAAUGAUCAAAGAAAAAGUGGCAAGUCCUCCAAAGAAAGAGGGAAAGAAGAAAGCAAGUAGAGUUGCAUAG